CAGAGAAAAAGACAAGUAUCAGUAUUUGUAAGGUAAUUUUGUUCACAUUAUGGAGAUACUGGUAUUUUGUGUAGCUCUCUUCGUUUCGUGUUUUGGAUAUCAAGAAAAUCCAAAUAUCCCAGACUUGAUAGAGCAUUUUUUAAGAAACAAAGAAACAUCAUGGAGACUGACCAAAACCCAAAUUAAAUCAUCGGAAAAGUCAAUCAAGUCCAUCAAAAUCGAAGUUUUGUCUACAUAUGUUCUAAGUGGGACCGAUGAUAAACAAAAACACGUGAACUGCUUAGAGAUUUUGCGGAACGAUCCUAGCGUGAAAAAUCAAGAUGGAGUGUAUUCCAUUUAUCCGGACCAUACUCACGCAAAGCGGGUUUACUGUGAUAUGACAACUGACGGCGGAGGAUGGACCGUUAUACAAAAACGGGUCGAUGGUUCAACAGGAUUUUACAAAACGUGGAAAGAAUACAGAGAAGGGUUUGGAAACGCGUCCCGCAAUUACUGGAUCGGUAAUGAUGUCAUUCAUCUACUAACAAAAGACCGUCCAGCAACACUGCGUGUUGAUCUUCAAAGAUUUUCUGGGGAGAAAGGUCAUGCAGAAUAUUCCAAAUUCGCUGUUGGGGAUGAAAACAGCAAAUACAAGUUGACAGUGUCUGGGUAUAGUGGGAACAUAGGUGACAGGUUCAGUUACCAUAAUCAGAUGAUGUUUUCCACAAAGAAUCAUGAUAAUGACGCAUACGGGGGUAGCUGUCCACAACUCUAUCAUGGUGGAUGGUGGUAUAACAAUUGUCAUUAUACGAAUUUGAAUGGCCUGUAUGCACCUUCAGCUUUGAAUGAAUCGAAGUACAUCGGUUGGAGAUACUUUAGAGGAAAACAUGAAGCUUUGAAAACUACACAGAUGAUGAUACGGCCAUGAUUCCUGCUGUGUGAAAUUUAAAUGAUUACGAGUUCCUGAAAAUAAGAAUAUAUUUCAUAUUAUAAAUGAUCUUUUUUUCCGAGUCACCUGUAUAUAAA